AUGACGCCGCGCAAAGUGUUUCGAUGUGUUGUUGACGAUACAGUAUUGAUUACCAAUAUCAGCGAAGUAAAGAAGUGGAUUCUGAAUGGAUCCGUUACGCUCAUCAUUCCGGUCUACACCCUUGAACGACUUGCGUUGCUGAAACAAGACGCUUCUCAGAUUGGCAUCAAUGCCCGUCAAACCGUCGAAUUCCUAGACAGAAUCACCGAAGGCAAGGACGGUCUUCCAGUCAAUGCAAUCUCACUUCAAGGCCCUACAGAACAGUACCAGAAAUGGUCUGAUGUAGAAAAACAUAUUAUUGCGGAGGAGAACGAAGAGAAGGCGGACAAAAAUACAUCUGCGGUGGCUCAAGCUUCUUCGGACGAUGUCCCUCCCGGUGGAGGCGAGGGACAACAGGCGCCUGGUGCGACCAAUGUGCUUUCUCAGAUGCUCCUCAGCAAAUUGAACUUUGCGAAAGAAGCUGAUAUCACACCGCCAACUUCCCCAAGCUCUUCUAACGAACGAAGUGCCAGAAGCAGUCCGGAGAUGACAGCAGCUGAGCCAAUACAGGAGAACGUCGUCGUUCCUCACUCCCUCCAACCUCUGGUCAACGCGGUGGUUUGGCAGGCAAAUAAUAUUGAAAAUGCAAACGCUAACAGACCAAUGCCCGAAUUAUACUUUGUCUCCAAUUCUGCUGAUGCCGCGUCCUUGAUGCGCAGCUUUGGAGUCAACACUAAGAAUGUUCAUCAACUUCGCCAAGCAAUUGGGCUUGAGGACCAGGAACUCAAGAACCAAUCCAAAUAUCUCCAGAAGCAUCCUUCUCCACCACCACCGCCACCACCAACCGCGCUCGAAACCCAUGAUACCGAACCCAAAGCUAUGUUUAGGUAUGAGGAGGACAGUGAUGAGGAACAGGUAGUGUUCAAACCUCGAGGCCGUGGCUCUGGAAAUCUGUCUACGAAAUCUGCCUCGAGCAGCCCCGUUAUGCGUGGUUCAUCUCUCGCCGCGGCUCGUCCUUCUUCUAGCCAUCGUUAUUCUCCUCGCAUGGCCAACAGCCAUCCGAACCGUGCUGAGCAAGUCAAGCCCGAAGUACCUACGGAGGAAAUUGAUCCGGAUUCGUUUGAUCGCGGCAGUUUUGGGCGAGCAAAUGGUCAACGGUUGGUGCUCAGUGAUGGCAAUAUACAUGCUGGAUUCCAGCAUCGUGCAUCGUUUCAUCGUGGUGGGUUUGCACCAUCGGGUCCUUCACGAGGUUUCUACCGCGGAUCCCCCAGGGGUGUUGAUAGAGGUUCCCUGCGCGGGCGCGGAAGACUAUACGUUCCCUAG